AUGGAGGCUGAUGAUGGUGUGGCUGCUGAUACAUCAGCGGGGACUCAAAUGGGUGACCCGGGUAGAAAAUAUGGCAAAGUUGAUCCCAAUAACAAAAAUCGGCGGAUUUGCAACUUUUGUGCAAAACCAUCUACCGGAGAGGUGUAUAGGUUAAAACAACAUUUAGUUGGAGCCAAGGGUAAAAAUGCAGUCGAUCCUCUAGUUGAUGAAUUUGGUUUAGGUGAUGAAGAGGAGGAAUGUGUUGUUACUAACGUGAAGAGAAAAAGUAGUUCGGUUCAAGGAAAUGUGUCUAAAAAGCCGUUUAUAGAUAACUACUUCUCUCGCAAACCCGGAGACAUACUUAAAGGUCGAAAUGGAGGAAGACAACAAACUAUAAAUGAAAUAUGUAAAAGAGAAUUGAGGGGUAAUGCUUGUAAAGAGAUUGCUAGGUGGUUUUAUGAUGCCGGUAUUGCUUUCCACGCGGCUACUUAUGAUAGCUUCAAAAGUAUGUUGGAAGCGGUUGCACAAUUUGGACCGGGAUUUCAAGCGCCUACAAUGCAUGAAUUGAGGGUACCUUUACUUAGAAAGGAAGUAGAGGAAACCAAAAUCGAGAUUGAAAAUCACAAGAAAGAAUGGGCGAGCAAGGGUUGUUCUAUUUUAUCCGACGGAUGGCGUGAUUCGACCGUCCAAAAGGAUAUCGUGAACUUUCUAGUUAAUUCCCCUAAAGGGUCAGUGUUUAUGAGGUCGGUUGAUGUGUCAGAGAUUACAAAGGACGCCCACACUUUGACUGAAAUGCUUGAAAAAAUUGUGGAUGAGGUAGGAGAAGCGAACGUGGUGCAAGUCGUAACCGAUAAUGCUUCAAAUUAUGUAAAGGCUGGUAAAUACUUGGAAGCUUCAAAGCCUAAUUUAUAUUGGACACCUCGUGCUGCACACUGUCUCGAUUUGAUGUUGGAGGACAUUGGGAAGACUAAAAAGAUUAAAGGGAUGUUAAAAUUAGCAAUGUCCUUAGACUUGUUGAUGAAGAUAAAAAAGCCCACCAUGGGAUACAUAUAUGCGGCAAUGAAAAGGGCUAAAAAUACCAUAAAGGCGAGUUUCAAACGAGAGAAGCAAUAUGCUAAAGCGAUAGAGAUCAUAGACAGAAGGUGGCAAUGCCAACUUGGAAGACCUUUGCAUGCUACGCGCUACUUUUUGAACCCCGAAUAUUACUACCCGAAUGCGGAGGAGGCAAAAAAAGGAGAGAUCAUAGGGGCCGUUGUGAAAUGCAUUGCAAGAUUAAAUCCCGAUGAAAGCAUUCAAGACAAAAUCAGUCUACAAUUGGAUAAAUAUCAACAUGCUGAGGGUCUAUUUGGUGAUAAAAUGGCUAUAAGACAAAGGUCUAUAAGAUCACCAGCGGAUUGGUGGAACGCAUUUGGUGAUGAUACUCCGGAGUUACAAAAGUUUGUUAUCCGAGUACUUAGCUUGACGUGUAGCGCUACCGGUUGUGAGAGAAAUUGGGGUGUCUUUCAACAGCUUCAUACAAAGACAAGAAACCGAUUGGCACAAAGCCGAUUAAAUGAUUUGGUGUUGUUAAGUACAAUCGUUCAUUGA